CACCGGUCAAUAAAGAACUAAGCAAAUAAACUCAAAAUCAACAUGGCCACAACGGAUAUGUCUGAGGAGGAUCUGUCGGCACCCGAAGAGGAGGAGGAUUUGGGUCCCAAUAUAGGCCUUUAUAUAGGUGGUCGAAAUGCUGCCGGACAGAGACACGGCAGAGGUUGGGCCAUUCUGCCCAAUGGUGAUCAGUACGAUGGAAACUAUCGAAAAGGCCGUCGCCAUGGUAUUGGGCUAUAUGUGUUUAAGGAUGGAUCGCGAUACUACGGACAGUAUCGCUGUGGCAAGCGUUGUGGGCGUGGUAUCUUUAUCUAUCCUGACGGUUCCGUGUACGAGGGCAACUGGCGUAAGCACCUGAAACACGGAAAGGGGCGGUACAACUAUGUGAAUGGCGAUACCUAUGCGGGCGAUUGGUUUAAAGGUCAGCGACACGGAGUAGGAAUCUAUCGCUUUAACAACGGCACCGAUGCUUGCUGCUUAACAGUCAGAAUGAAGUCGACCUGGAACAGCAAUAUACGUACGGGUCCCUUUGAGCUGUAUAUCGGGAGCGAAGACAAGUGCACAAUACUCCACGGAAUUUGGGAUUUGUCUUACCCAAGUGGACCGGCAGUGUUCAGCUUUAACAACAGGUACCUACUGCUGGGCUAUUUCCUGCCCGCCAACUACAAAUUCAAAGCGAUCACGGACGACGAUGAUGUGGAGGAUGCUGAGGAGCGGAUGGAGGAAGAUCAGGGCUCCGACGCGCCCAUGGAGCCAACUCUAUGGUUCGCUCAGGAGAUCGCCGUCUACGACUACUCGUUACUACCUCAGGAACCAGUUCCCCUGGCCAUUUCUGACUCUGAGCUGUCUGUCUGCUCACUUUCCACUGUGCCGAGCAUGCGCAGCGAGGAGAAGAUCAGCUGGUACGGAGAGGGUGAAGAGGCCGAGGGCGAGGAAGGUGGCGAGAUGGAAUGCUUCCCCUGUGAGUGCGAUCUCACUGAUCUCAGCGAUGUCGAGACGGAGAGCGAGGUGUGUAAGAUCGACGCCAAUCCGUGUUGCAUCGAGAUCCUCAAGCAGCCCGAGUGUCCCGAUCCUUAAGAUUGUUUCUUCCAUUCCGCAUUAUUUCGUUAUUCUUUGUUUUCUGCGAGUGAAAAAUAUAUAUAAAAAAACUUUA